CAUUUGGUCGGCACAACUACGCAUACACCCCACACCACUCUUUUUUCGGCCCAGCCCGCGGAGCCGGCCUCGUCGUCUCCAACUCAGAUAAGCCGCGCGCGGCCUCGCCGGCGCCGCAGAAACCGAACGCCGUCGCCAUGGCGUCCCCCUCCACCGCGUUCUUCCCCCACGCUGGCCUCCCUCUCCUCCGCCCGCACCCCCUCUUCCGCGUCAUCGCGUCUUCCUCGGGCUCGGGGAGCAAGAAGAAGGGCAAGAAGCCCAAGAGCGGCAGUAAGAGAGCCAGCCAAGACAAGGAUAAGGCGCUGGAGCCUCCGGCCCCCGUGGUCCGCCGCGCGCCGGCGGGAAGCGCGUCGAUCUUCCAGCAGCAGCAGGAGGCGGCGUCCAAGGCCGGCAGCGCCGGUGGGAAGGGGCCGACGGAGGAGGAGCUGCGGCAGCGACAGGCCAACGAGAACGCCUUCCUCCUCGCCUGGCUGGGCCUCGGCAUCAUCAUCCUCGUCGAGGGCAUCGCGCUCGCCGCCUCCGGUUUUCUGCCGGAGGAGUAUGACAACUUUUUUGUCAAAUACCUUUAUCCAUCGUUCACUCCAACAGUUGGUUUGUUUUUGGCGGGUACGGUUGGAUAUGGUGUCCUCAAAUACUUCGAAAGCGAGAAAAGCAAAAGCUAGAUAACAGAACAAAGGUUGGAGCAAAGAUGUGGCCAUGUGGGGGAGUUGCUGUUCCUAUGUAGUAAAGAUGCACGCUGUCUGUGAAGUAGGUUAAGGCAGGAGAAAGGUGCCAGAGAACUAGGCUGGUGCAGUAAUUUUUCCUUUUAUCUUGCAUCCCCAGUUCCUUAUUAUGCUUUUUUUGUAAAUUAACCAUCAAUGGAUACUUUCCUGAAUCUUUACAAACUACGAAGUUCAGCUGUACGUCAGUGUUCUUGAUAUUGAUAAGCUUGUACAGGUUCCUUGA